AUGGCGGUCCUCAAACCCAACACGGACGCCGGGCUGAGGCUCCUCGCCAUGAUCACGGGCAAGCAGGAACACAGUGACACAGCCUGGACAUGUUCCAGAGGACAGGGGAGAGCUGUAGAUGGGCCGGCUGGUCUUCAAUCGUGUGGGAGAAAAGCCAAGGAGCAACAGCUGCAGAACAGCCUCUUGGACUUCUCUCCCCUGCAGGACAGAGUCAACGGCACACUUGCCUUUGGCCUCAGUCCAGGCAUCUCAUCCUCAGGUGACCUGUCAGACCUGGAAAGCAUGCUCCUGUGGACCCUACACGAGCCCAGCACCAUUGCGUUGACCCUCAUGUACAGCCUAUCCUUUCUCCUGGGCUUUGUGGGCAACCUGAUGUCCCUUCGGGUUCUUACCAACCGCCGCAGUCGGCGUCUGGCGGGUGUCAGCGCCACCCGAAGCCUGCUGGUCAACCUUGCCGUGUGCGAUCUGGCGGUGGUGUGCGUGUGCAUGCCAAUCACGCUGGGCAGUCACAUCUACACCGCCUGGGUUUACGGUGACCUGUUGUGCCGUGCUGUUCCCUUCACACAGGCUGUUUCAGUGUCGGCCAGCGUUCUUACGCUCACUGUAAUCAGCGUCAAUCGCUACUACAGCGUCCGGUCACCACUCAGGGCACGGUCUAUGUUCACUCGUCGACGCAUCCUCGCCACAGUCGCUGUGGUGUGGGCUGCCUCGUCCGCCAUGUGUGCCCCCAUCGCCAUCAUGAACCGCCUUCGGGAAAUCAGUUUUGGGACCUUCACCAUUCUGGUGUGUCAAGAGGACUGGCCCAAGCAUCGCCUAAAACAAGGAUACAACGUGUUGCUGUUUGUGAUGCUGUACUGCCUUCCUGUUACCUUCAACCUGACUAUCGGUUUCCUGACUGGGCGGCGUCUGUGGGGCGGCACCCAGUCCACAUUUGCAGACCUGGACCCGCGCAGCCAGGCCUUGCAUGCUUCUCGCCUGAAGACUCGACAAAAGAUCGCCAAGAUGGUAGUAUGCCUGGUGCUGCUGUUUGCCGCGUCGUGGCUACCACUCUACGUUGCAGACUUGUGGAUUGACCGUGAGCUCCGACCACCCUCCUGGCUUCUCCAGACCCGACCGUUCGCCCAGUGGCUGGGCCUGACCAACUCAAGCCUCAACCCCAUCUGUUACUGCUUCAUUGGGGACCUCUACCGUUCUGCCAAGGUGAUACGGAUGCGUUACUACCAGAAGGUGUCUGCCCUCUUUGGGAGUGCCCCUUUCGCCAGUUCAGGGGUGGCGCCAUCUCCCUCAACAAAUGCUGCUUGUAAGAGGGAUCACGUUGCUGCUGCAAUCAGCAUCUCCACUUCGGUGGCGACCAUACCCCGCUUUCUGAGCUUGGCACAAGUUAAAGGACUCGACAAAAUGAUCUCAGCCAACCAUGGUGGAUCAGACCACAGCAUCUCGGAAUGUUUGGCGCAACUUGGACACCACGCAAACCCGGACGGCACGCAGGUGCGGGCGGUGGCUGAUGGCCCCCUCUAA